AUGAAGGCGCGGCCGCGGCUGUGCGAGGCGCUACUCUUCGCCCUGGCCUUCCAGACUGGCGUGUGCUAUGGCAUCAAGUGGCUGGCGCUGUCCAAGACACCCGUGGCCCUAGCUCUGAACCAGACGCAGCACUGCAAGCAGCUGGAGGGCCUGGUGUCGGCCCAGGUGCAAUUGUGCCGGAGCAACCUGGAGCUGAUGCACACGGUGGUACAGGCCGCCCGGGAGGUCAUGAAGGCCUGUCGCAGGGCCUUUGCUGACAUGCGCUGGAAUUGCUCUUCCAUCGAACUCGCCCCCAACUACCUGCUUGACCUAGAGAGAGGGACCCGGGAGUCGGCCUUCGUGUAUGCGCUGUCGGCCGCCACCAUCAGCCAUGCCAUCGCCCGGGCCUGCACCUCCGGCGACCUGCCCGGCUGCUCCUGCGGCCCUGUGCCAGGUGAGCCUCCCGGGCCCGGGAACCGCUGGGGAGGAUGUGCGGACAACCUCAGCUACGGGCUCCUCAUGGGGGCCAAGUUUUCCGAUGCUCCUAUGAAGGUGAAAAAAACAGGAUCCCAAGCCAAUAAACUGAUGCGUCUACACAACAGUGAAGUGGGGAGACAGGCUCUGCGUGCAUCCUUGGAGGUGAAGUGCAAGUGCCAUGGGGUGUCAGGCUCCUGUUCUAUUCGCACUUGCUGGAAGGGGCUACAGGAGCUCCGAGACGUGGCUGCUGACCUCAAGACUCGAUACCUAUCGGCCACCAAGGUGGUACACCGGCCCAUGGGCACUCGCAAGCACCUGGUGCCCAAGGAUUUGGAUAUCCGGCCUGUGAAGGACUCUGAGCUGGUGUAUUUGCAGAGUUCGCCGGACUUCUGCAUGAAGAAUGAGAAGGUGGGAUCCCAUGGGACACAGGACAGGCAGUGCAACAAGACUUCCCAUGGCAGCGACAGCUGUGACCUCAUGUGCUGCGGCCGUGGCUACAACCCCUACACAGAUCAAGUGGUGGAGCGGUGCCACUGCAGGUACCACUGGUGCUGCUACGUGACCUGCCGACGCUGUGAGCGCACCGUGGAGCGUUACGUGUGCAAGUGAGGCGAUGGGACUUGGGCUCAGGAACUCUCAGAGGACAGCCAAGGAGCCUGGAGACACAGGAGCUUUGCUUGCGACUGCUAAAUGCCAGCAAGGGAGUGGCAUGGACCUGGCCUCGCCUAGAAGCCACCAGAACAGAAGGCCCGGCCGCCCUGCCAGGAGGGCUGGACAUCAAAGGAGCCGCCAACACGAUUAAAAAUAACCUGGCAGCUGAGCUGAUGUGGCCCACACUGCCUUCCAGGCUGGUCAGAGGAGCCAGGGGCCUAGAGCUGGCAACCCCAGGGAGAACUUGACCCCUCUCUCUGGGCACUCGUGCCUUCUCCCCAGACAUCAGAGUUGUUGCCCUCUGAAUGUUCUGCCCAAGGAACCCA